AUGGCAAACUCUCUCAGGCUUGGUCUCCUCGCCGGCCUAUACGCCACCCUGCACUUAGUAGCGGGUGCGCUGGCUGGUGAGAACUUCCAACAGAUACUGAGCUCCGACCCCCCUCAGCACGAUGCGACACGUCCGUCAAGCUCAGGCCAAACAGGGCUACGCGGAAAGUUUCUACACAUAACAGAUUUCCACCCCGACGAAUUUUACAAAUCCUACACCAAUGUCGACGUCGAGGCUUGCCACCGCCGGAAAGGCAACGCUGGUCCAUACGGCGCCGAGCUCUCGAGUUGCGACUCUCCUAGAUCCCUAGCAAACGCGACGUUAGAAUGGGUAGCGGCGAACCUAAAGGAUGAGAUCGACUUCGUAGUAUGGACGGGCGACUCGGCGCGCCACGACAGCGACGAACUUCUACCCCGGACGGCCGCCGAGGUACUCCGAUCGAACAAAUACCUCGCCGACCAGAUGUUCCGCACCUUCGCGGACGACCAGAACCCCCAUCGAUUAGCGAUACCUGUCAUCCCCAACAUCGGAAACAACGACUUCCUCCCCCACAACGUCCUCCUCCCGGGGCCCAACCAAUGGCUCCAGCACUACACGGAGAUCUGGCGCUCCUUCAUCCCCGAAGAGCAGCGCCACUCGUUCGAGUUCGGCGGCUGGUUCUCCGUCGAGGUCAUCCCCAACCGCCUGGCCGUUUUUAGUCUCAAUACCAUGUACUUCUUCGACCGCAACGCCGCCAUCGAUGAUUGCGUGAAUCCGGUAGAGCCGGGUUAUAAGCAGCUCGAGUGGUUGCGCAUCCAGCUGUCCAUUCUGCGCUCGAGGGGCAUGAAGGCCAUUCUCAUAGGCCACGUGCCACCCGCCAAGACGGACAGCAAGGAGUUGUGGGACGGAACUUGUGGGCAGAAGUAUAGUCUCUGGCUGCGCCAGUAUCGCGACGUCAUUACCGGCUCGAUAUACGGCCAUAUGAAUAUCGACCAUUUCGUGAUUCACGAUACGAAGGAGAUCGAUAUGGAUUUUAUCGGCGGCGCGGCUGAGGAAGUUUCCGAUGAGAGCAUCGACUUGGACUUUGGCGACGAUGACGACGGCGACGACGAUGAUGAGAACGAGGGCGACGAUGACGAGGAAGAUCUUGAAGACGUCGUGGAGCCGAAGAAAAAGGAUUUAGUAUCGGCGACCUCGAGCAAGGGCAAAUAUCUCGCUGAACUCCGCGAGGCUUGGGCCAAGCUCCCGCCGGUCAAAGUCCUCUGCCAAGUAGAACAGGAAGCGGAAACAUCAGAUGUGGAAGACCAGGGAAAAAGGAGAAAGGGCAAGGGCAAGGGCAAGAAGAGGAAGAGCAAGAAGCAGAGGAAGAAGCAACACCUCAAGAAGCUCGGAGGCAGGUGGGCCGAGAGAUACCACGUGUCGCUCAUCAGCUCCAGCGUCGUGCCCAACUAUUUCCCCAGUCUCCGCGUUUUCGAGUAUAACAUCACCGGGCUCGAGGACGUACCCCGAUGGAGCCCUCCCAACGAGGGACUCCCGUCGGCUCGUCAGUACACUGAGGAAGAUGCAGACCUGGUCGACUUGCAUCAGGAAAUUGAGCUUGCCAAGGCGAUACGAGCGGCGAACCCCGGUAAGGGAGGAAACAAGAAGAAGGGCAAUAAGAAGAAGGGCAAGGGAAACAAGCCCAAGGACCCCAGCCUCGUCAUUCCCGACCCGCCUUCACAGACGGCUAUUCCUGGACCCGCAUAUUCGAUGCAACCCCUCACCUUGACGGGUUACACCCAGUAUUUUUCGAAUCUUACCGACAUUAACAACCUACCUGCCGACGGCGAUCCCAAGCGCAAGAAGAAGCCCGAGGCCAAGGAAUUCAACUUUGAGGUCCAGUACAGCACGUUUACCGAUAAGGUCUUCAAGCUGUCCGACCUCACGGUGCGAAACUACGUGCGCCUCGCGUUCCGCAUGGGUCUCGCGGCCGCCGAUGAACAGAAGGCCAAGAAUCCCAGCAGGUCCGUCCAGGAUGAGCCUGAUGAGGAUGACUUCGAGGACGAAGACGACGACGAUGAGGGAGCCGACUCGCCAGACGAUGACGACGUCGAGGAGGAAAGCGAACUCGUCGAGUGCGAAUCCAUCGAUGGCACCGCUCUUAAGAAGAAGGACAAGAAGCGGCGCAAGAAGGAGUCGGAUCGGGCGUGGCGCCGGUUCGUCAAGUAUGCGUUUGUGAGUACGGGGGUGGAGGAGACUUACAACUUGGUUGGAGCGAGGCGAGAUGGUGAUGAUGAAUGA